GCGUUGUUGUUCGAGGAAACAUAGGGAGAGGAUACAAAUGAAGGUGGUGGUAUCCGCCGUUGCCCUGGUGGUGCUCUUGGCGGCGAUCGCGGGGAUCGCCAGAGCGGAGGAUCCUUAUAUUUUCUUCACGUGGAACGUAACCUACGACACCAUCUCCCCUCUCGGCGUUCCUCAGAGGGCGAUUCUUAUCAACGGGCAGUUCCCCGGCCCCAACAUCAACUCCACCACGAACAACAACGUCGUUAUCAACGUCUUCAACAACCUCAACGAGCCCUUCCUUCUUUCUUGGGUCAUACACACCCACACAAUUAACAUCACGAGGACUAUUAAGAUCGUGUCGCACGCGGGCAACUUUGAAGGGAAGAAGAUUUAUGCACUGAAUGGGAUAUCUCACGUGGACACGGCCACCCCUUUGAAGCUGUUGGAGUAUUUUGGGCUCGCUGGUAAGGAGUUCAAGUAUGAUCUGAUGAAGGACGAGCCCGCUGCUGCUGAUGGUGGGCCCAUUACUGCCAGGGCCCCUAACGUGCUCAGAGCUGAGCACAGGACUUACAUUGAGAUCAUCAUUGAGAACGCUGAGAGGAGCCCCAAUUUCUUCCAUUUGGAUGGUUACUCCUUCUUUACCGUUGGGAUGGGAGGAGGAACCUGGUCCCCAGACAAAAGAAGCGGCUACAAUCUCCUCGAUGCGGUGAGCAGGCACACGAUACAAGUGUACCCCAAAUCGUGGACGGCGAUCAUGACGACUUUCGACAACGUCGGGGUGUGGAACUUCCGGUCAGAGAUAUGGGAGAGGCGAUACCUCGGACAGCAGAUGUACAUCAGUGUCCUGAAUGAAGCAAGGUCAGUAAGGGACGAGUACACCAUGCAAAACACUACUGCUCUCUGCGGCGCCGUCGUGGGCCUCCCGACGCCGGCCCCAUACACAUAAAUCCUUGACGGUCGCCUCGUUCUCGUCGCAGAUGAUGAUAUUGACAAAAUUAGGUUACUUGCCUUCUACGGAAAGAGAGGAGUUUAAUUUUCAUCUGUGUGAGGGGGGAGGAAUAAUGAGAUGAGAUUGAAUGAGUGUUUAUAGAGUGAACAAUAAAUGUCUCAUAUAUAUAUAUAUAUAUGGGGUAUUUUUUUUACUUUUAUUAAGAUUCUCAGUAGUGUUAUGUUCUGAAUAUGUUACUGUGUAUUUCGUUGUGUUUGUUUUAUUGGCAUGUUGUAUGUAAUUACUGAUAGUAAAUUCAUAAUAUAUAGUUGAAGUUU